GGGAGGCUCAGGAGGCAGGCUCAGAAACGUCUGUGGAAUCAUUUUGAUCUUAGUUCUGUGCCCAGCGCCUGGUGCACUGCCUGGUACAUGAUGGGUGCACAAUAAAUGCCUGUUGUUGGAGCCAGACCUCCUCCGGGGCCAAGGCUGGGGUUAUUCCUUUACCCAGAAGUGGGUCACCAAAGCCUGAUGCAACAAGUGGGCAGCCCUGGCCAAGACAGGCUUCGUUCCCAAGACCAGGGCCAUCCAGCAAGAGAGAGGAAGGCUUUAAGAUGUGUGUCAGCAGCAGCAGCAACAACCACGACGAGGCCCCCGUGCUGAACGACAAGCACCUGAGUGUGCCCAACAUCAUCAUUACACCCCCAACCCCGACGGGCAUGGGGCUUUCCCGGGAUUCCAACAGCCAAGUCUGGAUGGAUGAGUUGGGGUCUUAUCAAGAUGAUGAAGAACUUGAGCCCGAAGUCUGAGAAGUUAUCUUGUAGUGAGACCUGUGUGGCAGCCACCAGCCCCGCUGCCCCUAGUCCCAGGUGUUGGGGGCAUGGCUCUCUGAGCAGCUGGAUGGGGACAGCCAAAUGGGCCCUGGACUAAGACAGGGAUGACCAGAAGAGCACAGCAGGUCGCUGACCCCAGUGGAGCAGACAUCUGUGGCCUCCAUGUCCACACCAACCCAGACCCGGGCUUGGUGAAGAGGAGGCCCAUCCCACUCUACGGUCAGGUCACCGUGACCAUGGACCUUGGCCCUCAAGGCCACAGAGCACAAGGACUUCUCGCCAGAGCAGGGCUUCUGUUUUUUACAAGUUGUUUUACAGGUAUGGAACCUACGUCCUGAGCGAGAUUUAUAAAUAAAACUCCUUUGUGA